GACAUUAUUACCGGGUUGGGCGGGCCCGGUCUAGGAGGGGUUUGUGGGUGAGCCCGGGGUCCCCCGCCCGCUGAGGAGAUGGAUGAGGACGGGCUUCCCCUCAUGGGGUCAGGCAUAGACCUGACGAAGGUGCCAGCUAUUCAACAGAAAAGAACGGUGGCAUUUCUAAACCAAUUUGUGGUGCACACUGUACAGUUCCUCAACCGCUUUUCUACAGUUUGUGAGGAGAAACUGGCAGACCUUUCUCUUCGUAUCCAGCAAAUUGAAACAACUCUAAAUAUUUUAGAUGCAAAGUUGUCAUCUAUCCCAGGCCUAGAUGAUGUUGCAUUUGAAGUUUCUACUGUAAGCGCCACUGGUAUCACAAAUGAAUCACAUUCUGAAACCACUGCAGAGAAAUCACAGCAGAACAGUUUACAAGACUCUGGACCACAGGAAAGUGAAGUAACACCAGAAAAUAUCUUAACUGUAGCCAAGGACCCAAGAUAUGCCAGAUAUCUCAAAAUGGUUCAAGUGGGUGUUCCAGUGAUGGCAAUAAGAAACAAAAUGAUAUCGGAAGGACUAGACCCAGAUCUUCUUGAACAUGAGCAACCCAACAGGACCAGUUGGCAGCUGUAGCUUCAGUUUUGUGGAGUCCUUACAGUGCUUCCUGGGGGAAGUGUGCCAGCUUCUUCCCCUUACCCUGUCAGGAUACAGGACCUCCAAUCCAGCAAAGCCUAAGGUGGUAGGAAUGGGAAACACAUUCUACAAGUAGCUCACUGGGAAUGGUGGUAAGAAAGGCCAAUCCUAUUUCUAUCCUCUUGGUUCCUGCACCUUGAAGUUGGGAACAGGGAAUCAUAUGCUGUCCAUUGGUAUAGUGCAUGUAUCCUAUCCUGGAAAAUAGAACCUUAAUCCUACAGGAUAUUAUAUCUGAGCUGAUGCCUAAGCUGACUCUGUAAUAGGCCAUUUCAUUGUUCUACUAGAUUAAUUGCUUCUGGAUGAUGCUGUAUACAUAGGACCAUGGAUGUAAUAACUCAUGUUCUUUGUUUGCUAUAAAACAGUUUCUUGACCUGAGGCAGUGUAAUGCAGGAUACUAUGUUGAUAAUAGGCAUUCUGUAGACUAUCAGAUAGUAAUGAUAGCAGAGGUACUGCUGGAAAGGAAGGCAAGCCUAUAUUAAGAGUGCAAAUUAAUUAGUAUAGGAAUGAAUGAAUUCCUCCUUCAGGGUGAAAGGAAAUCAAUGCACACAACUUGCUACCAAGUAGCUAUUUGGUUUCGAUAAAGGAAUGGUACCAAAUCAUUGGUCUCUGCUGCUGACAGAGCACGUAUUCAAUAGUGGUAGUAACUAGAGCAGCCCUUAAUGAGAGGAAAACCAAGCUUUUGGGCCCAUACGUGGCCUCCCUCUAUCUCUGUCACCGUGAUUACUCCAUUCAUGGGUUUGCUGUACAAACCUGGAGUGGGUAAGGAUAAGACUGACUGAAAUCUAUUGGAAUCAUCCUAUCUGCCUAAUUGUUGCUUCCUCAGGUGAGUUGACAUUUCAUGAUACAAAAAUAUGCACAUUUCACCAUAAUCAAAAGACUGUUUUUAUCCUUAACUCAAGCCAUGUCUCUCUAUCAACAUGGAUGACCAAGGGCACUGUUAGAAGCUCUGUCCAUCAGGAAGAUUUUUGCCUCACCAGUAAUCCAUACAGCCCCCUCUGAGAGAGGCUGUAGUGGAGAAGCCAGUCACUGUUGUCUCACCCCAAUUUAUCCAGCCGGUCCAUCCCUGAACACGGCCUACUUUUUCCUUAUCUGUCACUUGGCAUGUUAAUAUUAACAAAAAAUAGCCGCAGUUCUUCACUUCCCCCGUCUCCAUGCCUUUUGCCAUAUACUUUUGCAUUGCCUUCCCACUGUGGGUGGAGCAUUCUGCCUCACCUUCUGACUCUGAACUUAACCAUGUGGUUUUGCUUUUGGCCAGUAGAAUGUUAGCACAUGUGAUUCAAGCAGAGGCUUGAAAACUACUUGGAUGGUCUUGCCUUCUCUUGUGCCUCUGCCACUGACAUAAGAAUAUGACCAGGAUAGUCUGAUGGAGAAUGAAUGACAUGUGGAACAAAGCUAAGUUGUUCUAUUCACCCAGCAGCCAACCCCAAAAUGUGAGCAAGCCCAGCCAAGAUUAGAACAUAUGCCUAGCCAAUUCCCAGCUGGCCGUAGAUGUGUGAAUAAUAAAUGCUCAUUGUUGGUUCUCAUAAAGAUUUUUUUGGUUAUUAUAUGGUAUAACUGUAGCAAUAUAUAACUGAUACAACUGAUCAUAGGUAAUUCCCCAUGAGAUCAUAGGAAUAGGUUGAAGGAGAUACAUUAGUGUAAGAGAUGUAAGUGAUAGGGGAAUCUAGGCUAUGUGUCCAUGUAACUUACACAUACCGUGUGCACUUGCUCAGGCUUGAUCCCAAAUGUAUCAUUUCUGUCAAAUGAUAGAUUGCUACUGGGUCUAUCUGAUCUGAUGAUUUGGUGAAUCUGAUAACACCCACCUCAUGAUGGGCAGCUCUAGUUAAUCACCUGAUAUCAGAUUUUCAAUUUCUGUUGGGUGUGGAGGUAUGCCAGGAGCUGUUUUCAAGCAAUUAAAAGGCAUGACUUUGCUCUAGAACCUAAGAUCUGUGAUGUUAACUUUCUAGUAGAGUUUGCCAGAGAUGCUACACAGUGCUCUCCAUCAGGUAUCUGUAGUGUCAAUGGAUAAUAGGUCAUGUAAUCAGCUGAGCAGCAGGGCAGCUUAUGUCUGUCACAGCCUGAACCUGGAACACAACCCUCUCUGCUCUGUGCUCCAUUUGAAACUGGCAGCCUUCCAAAUCUCCCCAUCAUAAAUAGGUGAGAGCAGUAUUUGGCUUUCAAAAGCCAAGAUCCCCAACAUGCUAUACCUCGUUCUUAAUGGUAGAGGGUACAACUUUAAUAACUUGUCCUGUACCUCAGAGGGGAUGUCCCAGCAUCCUCCAGACCAUUGAACCAUUAAAACCUGCAAGGAUCUGAAUCUUCCAUUUUCUAGCUUAUGUGUGUCUUAUAGGGCACCAAGAUCCUUCCUACUUCCUCUUCGCCAAAUCUUAUUAGCCUGAUUUACCAAUACAAGUUACCAGCAUGAGAUUUUGAGGAAUAUCAGGAUGAACAAUAUCCCUGGAUCCCUACGGGAUGUAGCUACCUACCACUGAUUUUCCCAAAGAUGUUGGCGCCACCCUCAUUAUUCACAUUCUUUAUUUCCUUAGUAAAGAGAGUUCUCUAGAUCCUUCCUGGGAAAAUAGUAGGUUGGUUCUCUCAGCACAAGAAAUAAAUCUAUUCUGACAUUCCCACCUCUCUGCCACUGACCUCUUCCUCAGUCCUUUGACAAGGCAGUUUCAGCAUCUCCGUCUAAUUUAGUAUAGGCCAUCACGACCAAGUUUCAAGAAGCCAUCCCGACAGCCUGUUAGCACCAGUUCCAUGUGUCCUUGCCAGGAUGUUAAAUGUUGAGUGACAAGAGUGCUCUCAUGUCAAUAAACUCUCUUCUAUCCAGCCUUAUAUUCUGCCCCCUCUGGUCUGACACACUCCAGAUCUAUUCCCACACAUGUUCUCCAGAUUUCUGCCAAUACUUGUUAGCCAGUUCUAAAAUUCAGUAAAUAGGCUAUUUCUUUCCAGAUCAAGGACUAUAUUUUCUCUCUCAGCUAAAACUUGACAUUAGUUAUUCUUCUCAAGGCAGUGGGGGAAAGACAAAUUAAAUCUUGAGGUGGUACAGCUCAUGUUCCAUGGAAGGUAUCCAUUUCAAGUGAAAACUGCACGGCCUCCAGGUAAGGCAAGGCUGCUCUCCUCUAGUAAAGGAGAAAGAGCUGCUUUGGCUGGCAUGCUAUUCAAGCUGGAAAAUCUCUCAGAUUUUCUCAGUCCCUCUUUGAUAUCAGGGCUAUGGCGCUAGCAAAACAAAUGUGUGGAGGCUGCACAUUUCAUCUCCUUUUCGGGUCUGCCACCCUUAAACUCUGGACCUGAUUUUCACCACAGCUGUCCUAUGGCUGAGGAAAUAAUGAUCUCUUUAAAUACUGUGAAAUUGGCCUUUUGGCUUUCAGUGUGCCCUAAGAUGAUAGUUGAUGGAUCUGAGUCUUUUACUUCCCUUUUUCAAGAUGUCCAAGACAACAAAUGCUAGUCAAUUCCGCAAUCCUUUACCCCCAACCCAUUCUACUGACAGAGCCGCUGGAUAACUCAUGGCUUCUUGUCCCAAUCCACCACCACUAAGAUUCUUAUGAAUUGUGAGGCACACCAGAGACUACCACUGUCCUGCUUAUCCUAACAAUAGGGUAAGUGAUCCAGUUCUAGAAGCCUACCCUGGGGAUGGUUUCCAGGGUCACUAUCAUACCAAAGUCCUAUGUUCUAUUCUUCCUAAAACAGAUCUGGAGACAAACACUCGGGCACAAGAUGUUUAUUUGUGAACUAAUCCCAGGAGACAAGAGUGAGAGAAUAGGAAGAAUGGGACAAGGGUAUAUUACCAAGAUUUCCACUGUGGGUGCUUGGGACUUGAUUCCAAGACCAACACCUCCUUAGAAAUGAACAGCUCCUUCCCAGAAUUGUUCAUCAGAAGGACUGGAGAAUGGACCAUGUGUCCACUAGCCCUGGACCCAAUGACUGAGGGCAUUAUUCCUCUACACUUCUGUGAUAUACUUGCCUGUACACCUGGGUGGCUCCAUGGCAUUAUAAAGGACAUUUUGUCAGAAAGUGGAGAAGUAGGGCAUUCACUGCAGAUGGGUUGCUAUCACCAAAAGGGUGAGGGAGUCCAAGAUUGAAUAGAACUCUACGACACCUGUGACUGAAAUCCAAGGUGGGCCUGGGGGAUGUGUUGCAGGGCACUGCCAGAAGCUUCUGCUGCACACAAUGCUGUUUCUAAAACACCAAAUUGAUCUGAACUUAACUUUUAUUUAAAAUGUAUAAUUUUCAUCUUAGAUAUAAAGACAAAUUGGAUGGUAAGCCACACACGAGAUUUCCAGAACUUUUUCAUUACAAAUUUUAGUUUUUAAAAUCUUCCAAGAAUGAGCAAAGGGUAAAAAAUGACUAAAUCUGUAUCUUUACAGCCUGUGGUAAUUAUAAUACAAUUUUUAAAUGUUUCCUUUUACACAUCCCUGCAGAGUUUUUCUGUGAAACUUUUAUAUCUGAAUCAGAGCAUGGCUUCUGUUAGAGAAUAAAUUGUGUCCAUGUGCUCUUGAA